CCGGGAUCCCAACGGCUGCUAGCUAGAGGCGGGCGCCAUGCAGUACACGGGGAGCGAAUAUAUUGGGGAAUUUGUAGAUGGGAGGAUGGAGGGCAAUGCUGAAUACAUCCUCCCUACCGAAACAAGAUAUGUUGGAGAAAUGAAGGACGGCAUGUUUCAUGGCCAAGGAACCCUGUACUUCCCCAGCGGAAGCCGAUAUGAUGCCAUUUGGGAAAAUGGAUUGGCCAUUAAGGGCACGUACACCUUCUCAGACGGGCUUCAGUAUGAAGAAAAGAACUGGCAUUACUGCGACAGCUACGAUCGGAGGUUUUACACGGAGAUCUGUCAUGGCCUGAAGCCUACAGGUAUCUCUCAACUCACCAAUAUGGACCCGCCUAGAGAAAUCCCCAAAGGCUGUUAUGACUGUGGAGAUGGCUUCUACAACCCAACCACGAGGAUAGUCAAGGACUAUAGGAACCGCUUUCUGAGAAAUGCGGAUGAUGACGAGCACGAGUGGAUCGUCCGGACGUGUCGGAAGGGCUGGGACGAGAUCGUGGGUCACAGGCCCAAGCUGUGA